UCCCCGCGCCGCUCCCUCACGGUGAAGCCGCCGUUCCCAAGAUGGCGGCGCUGUCCCGGCUGGGCCCGGCUCUAUCCCGCCUGGGCCCGGUUCUGUCCCGCGCUGUCCCGCUUCCCUCCCGGCGCCCCGGGGCCAUGCCGGGGUGGCCGCGGAGCCCCGGCGGUGCCCCGGUAGCCCCGGGAACGGUCCCGGUGCGGGCCAUGGCCGGACACAACCGCUGGUCCAAAGUGCGGCACGUGAAGGCCCCGCGGGACGCGGAGCGGAGCCGCGAACGGCAGCGCCUGACGCGGAUGCUGCGCGCGGCCGCUGCAGAGGGCGGGGCGGAGGCGUCGCUGAACCCGGCGCUGGCGGCGCUGCUGGAGCGCUGCCGCAGCCAGAACGUCCCCAAGGCCACCAUCGAGGGCGCCCUGCGGUCAGCCAGGGAGCGUCCGGCCGGGGGGUCGCGGCUGCUGCUGACCGCUCGGGGCCCGGGGGGGGCGCUGCUGCUGCUGGACGUCCGCACGGACAACGUCCGGCGCACUCGGGACGAGCUCCGGACACUGCUCGGACGUCACGGGGCCGCGCUGACCGCUGAUGUCCGGCACGCCUUCGAGGCCGUGGGCGUGGUCCGAGUGUCCGGCCGGACGUUGCCCAUGGAGGCGGCGCUGGAGGCGGCCGUAGUGGCCGGAGCCCAGGACGUGGUGGCCGAAGGUCAGGACGAGGUCAAGUUCCUGUGUGCCCCCCCCUCUCUGGCCACUGUCCGGCAGUCCCUGGUGGCCGCGGGGCUCCGGCCGCUCUCGGCCACCGUCGAGUUCCGGCCGCGGUCAGCGCUGACCCCUCCGGCCGGGGCUCGGGCCGCGGCCGAGCGGCUGCUCGGGGCUCUGGCCGGCCGGCCGGACAUCGCCGGCCUCUACCACAACCUGCAGCAGGGGUCAGAGGUCACGCCCGGCGGUCACUCGGCUCCGGACACCACCCACAGUGGUCACUCGGCUCCGGACACCACCCACGGCGGUCACUCGGCUCCGGACACCACGUCCAGUGGUCACUUGGCUCCGGCCACAGCUCCGGCCACAGCCCCCAGUGGUCACUCGGCUCUGGAGGUCACACCCGGUGGUCACUCAGCUCCGGCCACCACCCACAGUGGUCACUCUGCUCCGGCCUCGGCUCCGGCCACAUCGUCCAGUGGUCACUCAGCUCCGGCCUCGGCUCCGGCCACCACGUCCAGUGGUCACUCGGCUCUGGACACCACCCCCAGUGGUCACUCAUCUCCGGCCACACUGUCCGGUGGUCACUCGGGUCCGGACACCACGUCCAGUGGUCACUCGGCUCCGGACACCACCUCCAGUGGUCACUCGGCUCUGGACACGCUGCCCAGUGGUCACUCGGCUCUGGCCACACCGCCCAGUGGUCAAUAAAGGACACAGAGCGGUCA